AAAAGUCUCUCGAGUGGUUAACAAGUUAUUCUGUGGUCAGGUAAUUACUUGUAGGGCUUCAGCAGUGUGCCUCGAGAGUCCAGAGUGUGUUGCAAAAGAAGAAGAGAAUCCAGCCAGUGUCAGUGUUUCUGAGUGCCUUUUGAGUUUUCGGGCGGAAAAAUGCAGAGUGAUUCGUGUGAUUGAGUGCAGAAUUUCCCGGAUUCGUGAUCAGCAACAAAACAGUUCUGAGCAUCGACGCAGCAUCAAUUUACUCGCCAAGCCGAAAAGCUGGAAUAACUCACGGCAAUGUCUUAUGCCGGACUGUCGCAGCAUCUGGACAUAGCGCGACUUCCGCCGCCGGGUGAUCGCUUUGACCUGCUGGAACUGAUCGGCGAGGGCACUUAUGGCGAAGUGUAUAGCGCCAGAGACAAGCAAACGGGAAAUUUGGUGGCUGUGAAGGUGCUCGAGAACAUCCCGGACAAUGUCGAGGAGAUCGAGGAGGAGUUCCUCGUUUUCCGCGAUCUAUCGCAGCAUCCCAAUCUGCCCACCUUCACAGGAAUCUUCCUGCGACGCGGCGCCACGAUUGAGGAUGAUCAGUUGUGGUUCAUCAUGGAACUGUGCACCGGUGGCUCCGUCACGGAUCUCGUGCAGGGCCUGAGGAGUCGCGGCGCGAAACUGUCUGACCAACAGAUCGCGUACAUCCUCAGAGAGACGGUGAAGGCGCUGAUCUUCCUGCACGAGAACCACUGCAUGCACAGAGACGUGAAGGGGCACAACAUCCUGCUGACGGAGGAGGCGCGCGUGAAGCUGGUGGAUUUUGGCGUGAGCUCACACCUGGCGGCCACGAUGGCGCGCAGGAACACGAGCGUGGGCACGCCGUACUGGAUGGCGCCGGAAGUGAUAGCGUGCGAGCAGCAGCUCGAUCAGUCUUACGAUGCGCGAUGCGACGUGUGGUCGAUCGGGAUCACGGCGAUCGAGCUGGCUGAAGGUGAUCCGCCCCUUUGCGAUCUCCAUCCCAUGCGAGCACUCUUCCAGAUCCCACGCAAUCCGCCGCCCAAACUCUCGAGACCUGAGCAAUACUCACCGAUGCUGGUGGAUUUCAUUGCCGAAUGCCUGGUGAAGGAUCUCGAGCGGAGGCCCUUUUCGCGCCAAUUGCUCGCUCAUCCCUUCCUCAAGGCUGUCGUGAAUUUCGAAGACAAAGUUCGCGUGGAACUUCACCAGGAAAUCUUGCGACAGCGUCGCGACGGUCGUAUGUCGCGUCGCGUGGAGGUAACAACGAAGCACGGACGCUUGCGCAGCGAUCGGAAGUCCAGGCCGCAGAAAAUGUACAUGGACGAUCUCGCGGGGCUGGAGAUCCUCACCGAGGACGCCAUCACGGAGCAGCUACAGAAGCGGUACGAGUGCAAUCAGAUCUACACUUACAUUGGGGACAUCCUGCUCGCUGUGAACCCCUUCGCGAACGUGGGACUCUACGGAUGCAACUACCAGAAGCGAUACAUGGGCAGCGUGCGCUCUGAGAAUCCGCCACACAUCUACGCGAUCGCCGACGCGGCGCACCAGGCGCUGGUGCACCAGAAGCAGAACCAGGCGAUUGUGAUCAGUGGCGAGAGUGGAUCGGGCAAGACGGAGAGUGCAAAUCUCCUGCUCAAGCAGCUUGUCUUCCUGGGCAAGGCGCCGAACAGGAGUCUGGAGGAAAGGAUUCUGCAAGUCAAUCCGCUGAUGGAGGCGUUCGGCAAUGCAAGGACGGGCAUCAACAGCAAUAGUUCGCGCUUCGGCAAGUACCUGGAACUCACGAUGACACGCAGUGGACGUGUCACCGGAGCGAGGAUCUCUGUGUACCUCCUGGAGCAGAGUCGAGUGGUGCAGCAAGCGGAUGGGGAGGGAAACUUCCACAUCUUCUACUACCUCUAUGAUGGCCUGCUGGCCGACGGUCGCCUGACUGAGUAUCAUCUCGACGAGGCCUACAGACGCCAGCACAAGUACCUGGCAGACACCUGCGCUCCCGUCCAGGCCAACAUUGAGCGCUGGCGGCAGCUGAAGGGCAGUUUCAAGGUGCUGGGCUUCAGGGAUGACGAGCUGGACACCGUUAACCGAGUUCUGGCGGCCAUUCUGAACCUUGGAGAUCUGGAAUUCGGUGAAAUGGCCACCAAUGAUAACACAGACAACAAGGCAAGGGUCAUAGACGUCGCGCCUAUGCAUAGAGUAUCGAAACUCUUGGGUGUGGAGCCAAAUGAUCUAUUGGAAGCCCUGACUUCGAACUCUGUUGUCACUCGCGGUGAGACCAUAACGCGAAACAACACGGUUUUGGAAGCCGCUGCUGCCAGAGACGCCAUGGCCAAAGGACUCUACGGUCGUCUGUUCGACUGGAUCGUCAACCAAAUAAACCUCCUGCUCGUCUAUCACCGACCCAAUGCACCCGAACAACUUGCUGUUGGUCUUCUGGAUAUUUUCGGGUUCGAAAACUUCCCCAAGAACUCAUAUGAGCAGCUGUGCAUCAACAUAGCUAACGAGCAGAUUCAAUACUACUUCAAUCAGCACAUCUUCACGUGGGAACAGCAGGAGUACAUGGCCGAGGGGAUUCCCGUGGAUCUCGUUGAGUUCUCAGACAACAGGCCCAUCCUGGAUAUGCUUCUGUGUCGUCCGCUCGGCCUGCUCGCUCUCCUGGACGAGGAGAGUCGCUUCCCGCGUGCCACUGACAAGUCCCUGAUUGAAAAGUUCCACCAGAAUGUCAAGUCUAAGUUCUACAUCAGGCCAAAGUCCGAUGCCGUCUGCUUUGCCAUCCACCACUUUGCCGGACGCGUGGUGUACCAGGCGGAUGGUUUCCUAGAGAAGAACAGAAACUUCCUGCCAUCAGAAGUAAUUCAGCUGGUUCGACAGAGCUCAUACGACAUGGUGCGCUUCCUGUUCCAGUGUCCCAUCACGAAGACCGGAAACCUCUAUUCUGCCCUUCAGGACACCGGAACAAAGCAGAACGUUAUCAACUCUGAUACUAAGGAGCGCUGCAAUUCCAGAGGCCUGGCUUCGCAAUCCAGAGCUCAGCAGACAGUCUCCACCUACUUCAGAUACUCUCUGAUGGAUCUCCUGCAGAAGAUGGUGGCGGGAUCUCCGCAAUUUGUGAGAUGCAUCAAGCCAAAUGACGCCAAAGAAUCGAGACGCUUUGAAGCGCCUAAAGUCCUGAAGCAACUGAGGUACACGGGCGUCUUGGAGACCAUCAGGAUCCGCCAGCAUGGCUUCAGCCAUCGAUUCCCAUUCGCGGAGUUUCUCAAGCGCUACUGCUUUCUCGCCUUCGGUUUCGACGAGAAGGUUGUGGCCAAUCGGGAGAAUUGUCGUCUGCUUCUAGUGCGGCUGAAGAUGGACGGCUGGGCUCUUGGGAAAUCCAAAGUCUUUCUCAAGUACUAUCACGUAGAGUUUCUGUCGAAACUGUACGAGGAACAGGUGAGGAAGAUCAUCAUUGUUCAGGCGUGUGUGAGACGCUGGCUGGCACGCACUCGAUACCUUCGGACUCUGCGCCGAAUGUCCGCGAGUGCCGUGAUGGUGCAGAAGCACGUCAGAGGAUGGCUCACAAGACGGAGAAUCUCUUUGCUGCGCGAGCGCAGGAAUAAGGAACGUCGAGAGCGCAUGGAGACACGAGAUGUACGCCAUGGGAAACGACAAGAUCCGGACAGUGGGAAGGAAAAUCUAGAGCAGGCCGCUGUGGUAAUUCAAAGCUACUUCCGCGGAUACACCAUCAGAAAGAGACGCUGGUGCGCCGAGAUGGAAGCCAAGACCAGGCAAGCACUCAACAACGCUCGCAAUCGCAUUGAGGCUCAGAAGCUCCUACAGCGCGAAGGCUUGUCCGUGAAUGAAGCCUCACGAGUGGUGCAGCGAUUCUACAGGACUCUGAAGAAGCACACGCAGAAGUCAGAAGCAGAGUGCAGGGUGGGAAAGAAGCCCCUAACACCAAGAGAUCAGCAGCUGGAGUUGAUAUCUUUCUCGCAGAAUGUGCAUUUGCUGAAUCAGGAGAUGCACAAGAAUAUGAGACGUAACAAGCCUCCGGUACGCCUCGAGGAGGUGGAAAAACUCCUGCCGGACUACAAACGACCGCCAGGGUUUGUGCUGGUACCAGGACUCUUGGGAGCGAUGCCAGGCGGAGAGGAUAUGACGCAUCGCUUGAGACGACCAUCCAGAGAUCAUCGAUCUGAGGGAUCAAUCGAAGAAACUUCCAAUGUCCUCUUGGAGGGUCAGAAUGCUGCCUGGGAUCUUCCUUUCUACUUCAUGGAGAUGCGAAUGAGGAACUUAUGGUUAUCCAGACGCCGCAGUUCUAGUCGCGGAGCUCAGAGUCCGCCUAAUGAUGUGCUGCUGGUGAGGAAUGAGCGCAAGAUUUCGCCAGGGUGGCAACAGGCUCUCCAGACGGACGCCGACCGGAAGCUGAGGGGCAUUGUGAGCAACCUUAAAGCUGUGCCAGCUUUUAGCUACUUGAGCCCCAACACCAACACCAAUCCCGUCAUCACGGACCUCAAGCAGCUUUUGCGCCAGUCUCCACCCUCCAGCGAUGCCCAGCCGAAGCUGAAGAACACCAAUGUGGUGCUGGAGAACUCCCAGAUGCACUUAAAGAGUGUCCUGGGCAUGGUGUUUCACAACAAGUCGCCGCAGCAGCGCCCCAAGAAGGAGAAGCGCGACAAGAGGACCUCCGAAGUGCCCGUCCAGCCCCACAAAGUCGCCUCGCGGCGCAUCCUGCAGACGCACGAGUACCAGAAUGUGAACGACGAGGCGAAGCACAGCAAAGUGAUGAAGAUUCCCGUGUUCAGGAAGUUCGGCGACACGAAUAUCCUCGUGAAGAAUAGGAAGAAUCUCUAUAUGAACAAUGUGGCGUGUGGCGCCAAGUUCGACGGCGUCUAUCGGCCCAAUAUCACGUCGUUCGCGCAGAUGGAGAGGAGCCCACCGCUGCCGGAGUCCGCAUCGCCCCAGCACAAGUACUCCAACUUCAACAUAUCCAAGUACCUGAACAUCGACGUGAAGGGGCCGCGCUCGUCCGAGUCCUCACCCAAUCUCACCAUGUCCACGAGCUCCUCGGCCAAGUCGUCCGGCGCUUCGCUGGAGCCCUGCGAGCAGCCCGCCUCGUACCUCGGCCCCUUCAAUUUCCGCCAACUGCUGCGCCCCACGCAGGGCCCCACGGAGAGUCUGCGCAAGCGGAAGUGCCUCAGUCCACCCACGCCUCCGCCACCACAGCGGGGCCGCAGCUUCAACUGAGCCCCGUGCGCCUAUUCGAGCAGCGAAGCGGCCGGACGCUUCCUGAUUAUAAAUAAAAAUAUAUUGAGGAGAACAAUAAAUUUUAUUUGCAUAC